CACCCAGCCAGCACCAUCUGACCGUCUCUCCCAGGGCCACCAUGCUGGCCUCAGGGCUGCUCUUCGUGGCUUUGCUGGCCUGCCUCACCAUCAUGGUCUUGAUGACUGUCUGGAGGCAGAGGAAGCUCUGGGGGAAGCUCCCUCCGGGACCCACCCCGUUGCCCUUCAUCGGGAACUACCUGCAGCUGAACACAGAGCAGAUGUACAACUCUCUCAUGAAGAUCAGUGAGCGCUAUGGCCCGGUGUUCACGGUCCACCUGGGACCCCGGCGCAUCGUGGUGCUGUGUGGACACGAGGCGGUGAAGGAGGCUCUGGUAGACCAGGCUGAGGAGUUCAGCGGGCGAGGCGGGCAGGCCACCUUCGACUGGCUCUUCAAAGGCUAUGGGGUGGCAUUCAGCAACGGGGAGCGCGCCAAGCAGCUCAGGCGCUUCUCCAUCACCACACUGCGGGACUUCGGAGUGGGCAAGCGGGGCAUUGAGGAGCGCAUCCAGGAGGAGGCGGGCUUCCUCAUUGAGGCCCUCCGGGGCACGCAGGGUGCCUUCAUCGAUCCCACCUUCUUCCUGAGCCGAACAGUGUCCAAUGUCAUCAGCUCCAUUGUCUUUGGGGACCGCUUUGACUAUGAGGACAAAGAGUUCCUGUCCCUGCUGCGUAUGAUGCUGGGAAGCUUCCAGUUCACAGCUACAUCUACGGGGCAGCUCUAUGAGAUGUUUUACUCAGUGAUGAAACACCUGCCAGGGCCACAGCAGCAGGCGUUUAAGGAGCUGCAGGGUCUGGAGGACUUCAUAGCCAAGAAGGUGGAGCAGAACCAGCGCACCCUGGACCCCAACUCCCCGCGGGACUUCAUCGACUCCUUCCUCAUCCGCAUGCGGGAGGAGCAGAACAACCCCAACACGGAGUUCUACAUGAAGAACCUGGUGCUGACCACCCUGAACCUCUUCUUUGCGGGCACUGAGACGGUCAGCACAACCCUGCGGUACGGCUUCCUGCUGCUCAUGAAACAUCCACACGUGGAGGCCAAACUCCAUGAGGAGAUUGACCGGGUGAUUGGCAAGAACCGUCAGCCCAAGUUUGAAGACAGGGCCAAGAUGCCCUACACAGAGGCGGUGAUCCACGAGAUCCAAAGAUUUGGAGACAUGAUCCCCAUGGGCCUGGCCCGCAGAGUCACCAAGGACACCAAGUUUCGAGAGUUCCUCUUCCCCAAGGGCACCGAAGUGUUCCCCAUGCUGGGCUCUGUGCUCAGGGACCCCAAGUUCUUCUCCAACCCCCAAGACUUCCACCCAGAGCACUUCCUGGAUGAGAAUGGGCAGUUUAAGAAGAGUGAUGCUUUUGUGCCCUUCUCCAUUGGAAAGCGCUACUGUUUUGGAGAAGGCCUGGCUAGAAUGGAGCUCUUUCUCUUCCUCACCAACAUCUUGCAGAACUUCCGCUUCAAGUCCCCGCAGCUGCCCCAAGACAUCGACGUGUCC